AUGCACCUUGACUGUGGGAUCCAGGAGAGUCGGCCUGAUAUGAUAGAGAUGAUUGAUGAGGCUAUCACCUAUAUAGUUGAAGUGGACUCAAAACGUGCCCCACAAUACAAGUUGUCAUGCAUAGUCAAGUGUGCCAAGCAGAUCUUCUCGGUGCUUCUAGAGUCAAAGGCAAGGUCCUUGAUGUUAGACUCUGAGAGCUCGGCAUCCAGUGUGACCAACUCAGCUGAUUAUUUCCUCCCAGCUCUCAUCUAUGUUGUCCUCAAGGCGAAUCCCACACGACUCUACAGUAACAUCAGCUACAUCUCUCGCUUCUGCAACCCAAAGCGACUCAUGACUGGAGAGGGAGGAUAUUAUUUUACCAAUCUUUGCUGUGCAGUGGGAUUCAUUGAACGCAUUGAAGCAUCGAGCCUGAAUCUGUCAGAGGAGGAGUUUGAGCGUUACAUGUCUGGGGAAGUGCUUCCUCCUGGGGGAGGCUGGGAAGGCGGAGUGUGGCUCUGUGAAGGGAUGCGUCUCCUUCGUCAAAACACCAAGGCUCUUCAUGAUCUAUCACAGCGGGAAGAGAAGCUAUUCACUCAUGCUGUGGAGCUCAAGCAGGAAAUGCUUCUGUUUCAGGGUGGGGAUGGAAUCGUCUUGGGCAAUUUGGAUGGCUGUGGAUAUGUCAGUGGGAGAGAGGAUGGAGAGAGAGUUGGGGAGACAGGUGUCCAGGAGGUCGACAGUCACAAGGAUCGGGAGGUGGUCAGAACCAAUGUCUUUUCCAAUGGAGCAAUCAUGUAUGAGGGGAAGGAUGGAGGGGUUAGCAAGAGUCAGGUCAAGUCUGUAUGGUGGAGAGUCAGGGCAUGUGAAGGAGGAGUGAGUCGGGUCGGGGCCACAGAUCAGGGAGUAGUCGGAGUUGUCCAGGAAGGAGGAGAUUAG